GAUGUGUGCAGGAUGCAGGGCAGUUCUGCACACAAACAAAGCAUCUCUGGAGUUACUCAGUGUGAGGAAGGGGCGUCGUUGCCCUGCUGGAGCUUGAAGCUGAGUUAUUAAGGGAAAGCCGUACUGAUCUGUUUAAUUUCAGUGUGCUGCAGUGCAAUGCAGCGUUCCCAAAAGGAACUCCACACCAUUUCAGUAGUAUUUAACAUUUCGGUUCGGUUUGUUGUCUGAUUUGAGAAGCUGUCAUCCCUCAGGGACAUGAACUGAAGCGCAGCACUAACCAAGAGUUAGUAACCAAGAGUUUGGGCAGAGCCUCAAGGGGAAAACCCACCCAGACAAAUAAAGCAGAGGAAUUCAUCCUGAUGUAAUGCUGCCCCUGAAAUGCACCUCCUGCAGGGCUCCCACCCAACCCUUCAUCAGCUGAUGGCAGUUUGUGACCGGCUGUUGGGCUCAGUGAGCCCUCGGCUGUUCUGGACAGCACCUGGAGAUGCGGGCAGAGGAGAAGGUCAGGCUGGUAGCUGUGUUUUAAGUGGGAUUUUGAGAGUUGUGCUUGGAAAACAGGAGCAAAGCAGACCUGGGGGAGUUCAAGGGGCUGUGCCCAGGCUGACGCUCACUUUGGCCUCUUCCAGGUGGUGCAGAUGCAAUGCAACAUGGAGCUGAAUGAGGACAAGACUCAGUGGCAUCUCACGCUCCUGCUGAUCCUGGAGGACAAGCUGCACCGACAGCUGAGCUACGACUUGCUGCCCACUGAUAACUCCAAGGACCUCGCCACAGAGCUGGUGCACUACGGGUUCAUCCACGAGGAUGACUGUGAGAAACUGGCUAACUUCCUGGAAAAUGCCUUCCACAAGCACCGGUCUCCUCCCUUGUGAGUCACCCCUGGGGCAGUGGGGUCCCUGCGCUGUGGGGACGGGCACGUACCCAGCAAGGAGCAGCCAUGGGCUCUGGAACCAACUCCUCCAGCGGGGCCACUCCAGACUGAAUCUUUGCAGUCCGUGAGAGUCUGUAUGCCUUUGCUGUGGCGUGGAAAGACAACAGCAAGCGGAAUAGCAACCAGCUGUAACACAAGGAAUGGCCUCUGCACCAGCACGUGCCCCGGCCCCUGCUCCUGGAGAGGCAAUCCAGGGUAGCUGUGGGGCCUGGGGGAGCGCUGACGGUGUUUGUGAAGAUGUGGAGCUGCUGCAAGAGUCCCACAGACCGAUAAUUUUGCCUCUGGGAGUGAUAAGCUUUUCUCACUGCGGGUCCUAAAGCUCUUUCUUUUUUUCCUCUUUGCCAGCCGGUGAUGGGUGCGGAAGGGAGGAAAGCUCCAGCACAGUUUGCCAUCUGCCACGUUCCAUCCUCUAUCUCCUUUUCCUGCUGUUUUGUUAAGGUUUCCCACGCACAGCUGAACCGCUGUGAUGCCUUUCAGUUAGAAGCUCGCAUCUUGCUGUAAGCUGACAGGUGGACUUUGUGAGCUGGACUUGGCGCUGCAGGAGAAGAAACUGCAGCAACCCAAACCCAGCUGGAUCCCAACACAGGGAACAGCAGAAACGUCACUGGUGCUGAACAGAACCAUUUUCACUGCUGUUUGUCUCACGGCCUUCAAAAAUCUUAUGGUAUCCUAA